UUACAAAUCGGUCGCUUAUUGGUUUGAGGGUGCUGUUGUAAGAUGGCGCCCAUCGACAUACUGUUGGUAUAGAAAACGAAAUACUAAAGCUAAGCGUCUGAGGAAAUCACGGAGAAACAAAGCCCUUUAGCAACCGAAAACAUCAACAGCACCAUUUUUCUGCUUAUUGGAAAAGAAGCGCGUGAGGGUGACUCAAACCUUGGCCUGUUAAGAAGAGAGGCUCCAUCUCGCAGAGGAGGGCACUUUCUGCAGCAAUGAACAACUCCAUGGAUGGCACAAGCUCCUAUGAGGAGCUGGUGAGGCAGAAAGCUCGCAGCAUCCCACAGCAUCGAAUGAAGGAGUUUCUGGAGUCGUUAGCCAGCAAAGGUCCUGAUGCCCUGCAGGAGUUUAGCCAACAAAGUGGAGACGCUACAACCACCACUACCACCAUGGUUUACCAACAAGAAGCCAAUUGCAUCUACACAGACAGCACAGAGGUGGCGGGGUCGCUGUUGGAGCUGGCGUGUCCGGUUCAGGUCCAGGUCCAGCCGCAGCAGCUACAGAUACAGGAAGCUGCAUCCCAGCAGCAGUCUGUGCAUCAGAGUACAGAACAACAGAUUGUGCAGGUCCAGAUUCAAGGCCAGCAACAAGGUCAGAUGUUAGGUCAAGUUCUGCAAGUGCCAGCUGGCUCCCAUCAGCAGCUACAAGGUGUGACGACUGCACAGCUGAUUCAGCCUGGGGAGCUGACGGAGGAGCAGCAGCAGCAGCUGCAAGCCCAGUUGGUGGCAGCUGUUGCAGGAGGACAUCAGAUCCAGAUCCAGACAGUGGGGGCCCUCUCCCCUACUCAGCAGCAGGAUGGUGCGGAGAGAAGAGUAGUGGAAGCCACGGUUGCCACAUCUCAAGGAGCAGGUGUCCUCCAGCCUGCCAAAAAGCGUAAAGUGGACAUGCCCAUCACUGUGUCAUACGCCCUGCCUGGUCAGCAGGUAGCCACAGUCCUGGCUAUCCCUCAGGGACAGGGGCAGCAGCAAAGUUAUGUGUCCUUGCGGCCGGACCUCCUCACUGUGGACAGUUCCCACCUGUACAGUGCUACUGGUACGAUCACCAGUCCCACUGGUGAGACCUGGACCAUUCCUGUGUAUUCUGCUCCUGCUGGGUCUGGAAGCCAUGAGCAGGUCACACAUAUUGCCAUCCCCCAGGAGGCUUAUGGGACAGUGCAGGUGGCGGGGACAAACACUACGGCAGCCACAAUGCAAGCACAAGUCACAGUUGAAAAUGACAAGUUGAAAAUCCCUGCGAGUCAAAGUCAGACAGUGCAGGCUGUCUCCAGCAUAACGAGCGCUGGAGGAAUGGGCGGCCAGGAAGAGGUGGUGCACACACUGGCUGCUAACACGCUUUUUCCUGCUCAGCUGAUGAAUGGAAAUAUCCACAUCCCUGUGGCUGUGCAGGGCUACCCCAAUACCACACAGUCUCUUAUUUGGGACCCACAGCAGCAGGUUCUGCACACACAGGGGCUUCCAGGCCAGGACGCACAGCAGCUACAGGUAAUAACACAGGGUCAGACGGUUGUAGCAGAGGAAGAUCAGGGCCAGCAGCAGGUGCACGUUCAGGAGCUUCUGCUGCCGACCACUGUGAAGCCUGAGGAGGGGCUGGACGUGUGGCAGCUCUGGGCUCAGAGGAAAAAUGCAGAGUUGGACAAAUUGGACAAGAAUAAACUGGCUCCUAUAGGCCGACGUCAGGCGCUUCGUUUCCAGGAGGACUUGGUAUCAUCUGCGGUUGCUGAGCUCUCCAUGGGUCUGUCUUUAAUGACAACAGAAGCUCGGGGACUUGAAGGGGAGACAUAUGAGGCUGAUGUUCUUUACUAUGUAUUUCUGUGCAUACAAAAAUAUCUGUUUGAUAAUGGCCGCGUUGAUGACAUUUUCUCAGAUCAGUACUACAGUCGCUUUGCUCAGAGUCUGCACCAAAUCUUGGAGCCUUGGAGGCCUUCUGUUCAUCCGCUAGGUUACAUUAUCCCUAGUCAUGUGACUGAGGAGAUGCUGUGGGAAUGUAAACAGUUGGGGGCUCAUUCUCCAUCAACCCUGCUCACAACACUCAUGUUUUUCAACACUAAGUAUUUCCACCUGAAAUCAGUGGAACAGCAUCUAAAAGUGGCCUUUUCAAAGGUGUUGAGGCACACCAGGAAGAGUCCCAAUAAUCCUAAAGACAAGAGCACCAGCAUCCGGUACCUGAAGUCCACAGAGAGGUUUAUAGGACAGAAAGUGACCGAUGACAUGUACUCGGAACAAAUGGAAGACCCAGAGAACCCUCUGCGCUGCCCGAUCAAGCUCUAUGAUUUCUACCUCUUCAAAUGCCCACAGAGUGCUAAAGGUCGCAAUGACACCUUCUACCUGACUCCUGAGCCCGUGGUGGCGCCAAACAGCCCCAUUUGGUACUCCACUCAGCCAAUACCUAAAGAGCAGCUGGAGCAGAUGCUUACCCGCAUCCUCGUUGUCCGUGAGAUCCAGGAAGCCUUUAACCUCCUGGAGACCGUGCAUUAGCUGGACCUGAAGAGACUUCAAACAGACUGGAUUCUUUCUUACUUCAUCCAACCUUUGAGUCAUUUUUUUUAUUCUCACCCCUUCGUUGCGCUUUUGGGGUGGCGUGUAUAUGUUUAUAUUCAUUGUGUGUUUGGUCUAUUUUACACAAGAUUGUACAUAAAAUCACAACAGAGAAUGAUUAGCAGUUCAUCGGUUAUGUUUUUGGCCAAAGGAUGUCCGACCCUUUUAUGUUUUAGUGGACCUGUACUCUAAUUUAAUUGUUAUUUUAACAGUUGGUUUGCCUCAUCGGUCCUCGUUCUGUUCCUUAAGACGUCAUCUAUAAUAUUUUCAUGGGGGAGCUGUGCUACACUGCUUUUCUGUGCAUUUUCAAAUUCUCCCAGUGCAAACCUUCAUGGUAUUGGAACAGUACCGAGCAGCCAAUCAAAGGCUCACAAACACAUUUCCAAGCUGUAUGAAUUUUCUUUCCAGAUAUUUUACUCUCGCCUGCAAAGAGUCGACUCGUCAGUUCUGAAUCAGUGAGAUGAGGUUGUUUACCCCAGUCGUCUGCAGCCUUUAGCUCUUGCCACAUUUCGGAGGUCUGGCAGGACAUCCGUAACACUGACUCCAAUGAAGGGUCUUCAUACACCUCUACUGUACUACGAGACUGAGAAAAGACUCUUUAAAAGAGGGUCGGCUCUUCAUGUUGUAUAAUGUAAAUUACUUGUAGCUCCUGUGAUGGCUGUCAGUCAUCUCAGGGGAACGGCAGUGCCUGUGUGUUUUUGAAACAUGACCUCUUUUGUACAGCCAGUA